AUGCGCAGCGUGCCGGAGACAAAAGGCCAGCUCUUUUCCGCGGUCAAAUGUCAUAUGGACGAUAGGGGUUCGCCAUGCCGUCGGUGUGCAAAACAUCGGUUGCAAUGCUUUGUGAGUAAAAACUUGCAGACCAUCAUUGACGAGAAGACCCGAUACACGGAUGCGAUAUUGGAGGAUCUAGAGAAUACGCACUUAGUUCUACGAGAACUGGUUCAAAGGGCUGGCCUGCCAGAACCCAAAGUGCUGCAAACCACGGCCCUUCGCAGGUCGCUGCAGCCAGAUGCCAGCCACGAUAUCAACUACAACCCUAGCGACUGCCAUAUCGACGACAAUGGUCUAUCACGCGACUGCUCUCCUGACUCCGUGGGCGAGGGCUCCCUCCCUCACGCUCCUAUGCAGUCUCUAUAUGCUCUGACUAAACUAAAGUCAUUACGAUCCCCAGGUGUACUCGACCAGCAACAAGGCCAGGACGUCAAUGACUUUAUUGGACGUGGCGCAAUUAGCGAAAUCGAGGCAGGGAGACUGUUCACACUGUACCGCGAUGGUCUUGAUGCCUUUAUCUACAACAUCGGUUGUCGUUACCAUUCUCUAGACGAGACGCGGAGGAAGAGCCCUAUCUUGACGGCUGCCAUUCUCACAGUCGCGGCGCUCCACGACCCGCAGUCCGAAGACACCUACACUAUCUGCAAUUCCGAGCUACGCCGCUUGAUAUCCCUAACGAUGUUCGACCGCCGCGUCAGCCGCGAUUACCUCCGCGCCAUGUGCGUCGCAUCGUACUGGCUGAGCGAGCUGUCGUGGCGCAUCUCUGGACACACCAUCCGUCUUGCCUCCGAAUGCGAAUUGCAUGACCAGCACAGACAGGCGGUUAAUAGCCAGAGUCCCGACGCGGCUGAUGGGGCGAGGCUGUGGUUCAUCCUGCGCGUGUGUGAUCAAAGACUGGCGACGCUGUAUGGGCGCCCAGCAAUUGUGCAUGAGGAUUUAUCAAUCCACGAGGUCCAGAGCUUCCUGCAGUCCCCUGUAUCGAAUCACCAGGAUCAACGCUUACUGGGACAAAUAGCCUUGCUGGACAUUUUCAAGAGUAUUCGAGAGCUGUUUGGCUCGGACAGGGACAAGCCCAUCCCUCGAGCCUAUCUCCAUCAGCUUGCACAUUUUAACAGCCAGCUCGACAUCUGGCAUAGACAUUGGGCGGAAUCAGUUUCUGAGCACUACGAGCACAUUGGCGUCUUCCCACGCAAAGCCCUGCAUUUGCAUUGCCAGUUUGCAAAGCUGCAUCUCAACUCCCACGUAUUCCGAGGCCUCCCAGCCGGGCAGCCCAUUCCGCAUUAUUUCCUGGACUGCGCCGCAGCCGCCAUUUCCGCAGCGACAUCCACAAUCAAUUUCAUCCUCAGCGACCCCGACGUCGCCGCGCUGGUCGUCGGCAUGCCGUCCUACUUGCACUGCAUGACCGCCUUUGCGUGUACAUUCCUUGUCAAGGUGGAUCUCAAAUAUGGGAACGACCUUAUCGAGCCAGACCCAGACUACGUCUGGAACCUCACUACGAGCCUUGUACAGCAUUUCCGGUCUGUGCCGGCGGGUAAGUGGCACCUUACGAAACUGAUGGCACCGGGCUUGGAGAGGAUGGCUGCGAUGUUGGAUCCGAGGAAGAGAGCGCCGUUGCAAUCCCUUGUACAGGGCUUUCCUGACAUCGAUGGGCAGUUCUUCUCUGUAGCCCAGGAAUCGGAUUUCAUGGACCGUUUUUCGGGGGUUGGAGAUGGUUAUGAAUUCAAUUACACGAUGAAUGUUGGAUUGCCGCCUCUGCCAUGUGUGGGUAUGGACUCGAGCAUCCAAGAGUUUCCAAGUCUGUGUUAG